AGAUCCCGUUAUAGAACGACCUUCACCGAGAUGCUUAUUUAAUGAAACGUAUUUUAUAUUUAAUUUAAUAUGUCAAUAAAUAUAAUCCAUAUGGGUUGCCUAGCAAAUUUCAGUCCAGAGUAUGUUUAAUUAAUAAUUAAAAAAAAAUAUUUUUUUAAACAUUUCACCGGUAUGAUUAUUAGAUAAAUUCUAUACCAAUCGAAAGUAUGAAGCCCAUAGAAUACACAAACGUUAGGUUGCCUAUUCUUUUCCGGUCACAACUAUCGGGUUGCCAGGUAUAAACAGGUAAAUCUGUACUAGCAUUUUGCAACGUUCUGUUUAUUGGAUGAAAUUUAAAUCAAAUUAAAGAUUAUUUUAUUCUGAACACGGUGGUAUAGGGUUGCCAGCGAAAAAUAAGUCCAGAAUUGCGGUUGUCGAAUUUUAAAAAGUUAAAUAUUGCUCCGAGUGAAUGUGUGCGACUGAGAGGUCCCAACCAACCAUCCCAUGCGAUAGAAGAGGACACAGCAUAGCAGCUGUGUAAAGUCCGGUCAUUUAAAGAAAGAGAGUGCGCAUGCUCUUUGGGCUUGGAAAAGAAAAGGAUAGCGAUAGACUAUGCAUCAUUUUGGAGUAGAGUGUCGCUAUAAAUACAAUUGAAAAAACGUGCUACUAUUUAUUGUUGGAAAAAAUGGCAAAAAAGUGUUUUUUGUGUGGAUCGGAUGGUGAAAUAAUUGACUUUAAUGAUGAAACUUUCAAAAACUGUGUAUUAAAGUUAGCUUUUCGUAAAAAAAAACACUUUAAAUACAAUUUUGUUGAGCUACCCAGUGCGUCUCUUCAAUUUGUAGGUUAUCAUACCACGUGCUACAAGAAAGUGACCGUUUUGAAUAAAAAAUAUAACGAAGAAUUUCUUAAUUUUAGUGUUGAAUAUACAGAGCAUAACAAUGUAUCUACUACUGAAGAAAAAUCAAAACAGUUGAACCCUAGUGUCGAUUCCUGUGCUACAGUUGCUGAAAAUGAAACGAGUAAUGUUGAAGACCUGGCCCAAACUUCUGGGGACUCUGACACGGAGCAGUCAACAUCAACAGCAUCGACAUCAAGCAGAAUUAUUUGUCUUUUUUGUGACCACAGCCAAAAGAGAUGCGGGAAGAAGCUGGUCAAUCUUACUGUACCUAAUGAUGACAAAGUACCACUGCAGAUAAAAAAUAUAGCGCAAAAUUUUGGCGAUUCGGUGAUUCUCUCCAAACUUCAACAUCAAACUAUCGCGUACCAUCUGCCUUGUUACGCAGUGUAUCAAUCGAAAAAUAAGCGGUCCACGGAAGAAUCUACCCAUUCCAACUAUAGUAAAUAUAGACAGUUACAUCAGUUUGCCUUUCAAUCCAUAUCGAAUUUAAUUGAAACAGAAAUAAUAGAAAACAACAAGGUUAUGUACUUGGCUCAAUUAUUUUUAAGAUACCAAGCUUUAUUGUUGGAGUUUGGAAAUCAUGAAAUUGAUUUCGAUGAUAUUCAAGAUUACCGAUGUGAAACCUUGCAAAAAAAGUUAAUGAAGAAAUUUCAGGAUCGUAUUACGAUUGAAGCGUCAAUGGGAAUACGUAACAAAAAAAUUGUUUAUAAAACAGACAUGGACGUCUCUGUAAUGGCAAACAAUUUCAAACUUUUGGAGACAAGAAAUGAUUAUGAGUUCGAAAAUGUAGCAUAUUAUUUGAGAAGCUGCAUUAAAAAUAUAGAUGCUCGUCCGCUUUCUCGCAACAUAACUGCUGAUGAUGUCAUUCGUGGAGAAUGUGACAUUCCUAAGCAAUUAAUUGAUUUUAUACGAAAUCUCAUCGAAGGGCCUAACUUUUCUGAUGAAGAUUCAAACGGACUAAAAGUUAAAAUAACAUCAAUAUGUAGUGAUAUUAUUUAUGCUGUCACUAAGGGUGCAUGUAAGCCCUCAAAAAGUUUGUCCCUUGGAUUGGCAGUAAAAUCUUUAACUAACUCUCGGCAAGUAAUUACGAUACUUAAUAGGUAUGGCCAUACAAUUGGAUAUAAUUUGGCAGAAGAAUUGGAAACCGAAAUGACUUAUACAUCGAUCCAAGAUAACAAAGUUAUACCAAAAGGCAUCACUGCAGCAAAUGGACACAGCACCCACGUGGCGUUCGACAAUUUCGACGAAUCCAUUUACGAUGAAUCCAUUUGAUGACACUAUUGACAAAGACACAUUAUUCAACAUUUCAACCGGCAAAGCUGCGUCUAAAGAAGUUGCUGAUUUCCUGCUGGACGUGAAAACAGCAGGCUAUCAACAAAAAAUAAAUUUUAUCUCAGAAUGCUCUUCAACUCCUGCAAGAUUCGAUAAACCAAUAAAACGAAACAAAAUCUGCAAUUUUGCUUCUCAAUGUAUGACUAAAGUCUUGAGUACCAAAGACAAGAACAAGAAAGUAUUAUUGAAAAUGGAACGAGACGUAUUUGGGCGACUUUUGGCAAUAAGCCUAAAGAAACAAAUUAAUCUCGAAUUUUGCUUGACUUUCCCACUAGCACCAUUGCCUCCUGCUCUUUUUUCCUGUACCGGAGAGAUGUUAAAAACUUCAAAAUCAACGUUAGCAAAGGUUUUGAAAUCCAAAACUGAAAUGGUUGAGCCAACACAUAUCAACGUUGAAAUAAUAGAUGGCUUUUAUUACUUGCAUCUAAUCGGAUCUUCUAUACCUCAAACUUUUGAUAAAAUUGCAGAGGCAAUACUCAUAAAAAUAUGUUCAACAAACGCUACAGAAAUACAUUUAAUUUUUGAUCGCUACUUAUCACCGUCAAUCAAAGAUUGCGAACGUGAGAGCAGGAAAGAAUUUGAUAUUUCAUACAAAAUUUCGGGACCUCAUCAAACUAGACCAAAAAAUUUUUUGCAAAGCCUUAAAAACUAUCGCUUUAAAGAGGCUCUGGUGCUGUUUCUGGCUGAUUAUUGGGAAAAUGAUCAUUUGGUAUCAAUAAUCCAAAACAAAAAAAUCUUUUUAACCGUUGACCAUCACUGCUACUCUUAUCAAGUUCAGGAAAAUUCCGUAAAAAAAAGUGAAGAAAGUAAUUAUGAAUGUCAUCAUGAAGAGGCAGAUACAAGGAUUAUUUUUCAUGCUUCUAAAGCGGAACCAGGCUCAAGGAUUUUAAUUAAAGCCUCUGAUACUGACGUUUUGAUAAUUUUGUUAGGAAAUAUGCACAAACUUAUCGAAUCAGAAAUUUGGCUUGCCUGUUCAGCAACUAGAAAGACUAAUAAUCAAACUGUUGAUUGCAUUAAUUGCACGGA